AUGGAUGUGUUUCAAUUUAACGCAGCUCCAAGAAAAACUAGGAUUCUGCUUGCUGCCUGUGGAACCGUGGCUGCAACAGAAUUUGCUAAGCUGUGCCAUUGUUUUGCUGAAUGGGCAGAUGUUAAAGCAGUCGUCACUCAGGCAUCUUUGCAUUUUGUAGACCGAGCAACUUUUCCCAGAAAUGUGAGACUUUACACCGAUCAGGAUGACUGGAUGACUUGGAAAAGAGUUGGCGAUAGUGUGCUGCACAUUGAGCUCCGUAAGUGGGCUCAGCUAAUGGUCAUUGCCCCUUUGUCUGCAAACACACUCGGGAAGAUUGCUGGCGGAUUAUGCGAUAACUUGUUGACAUGCAUUAUUCGGGCGUGGGACUAUAACAAACCAAUCUUUGUGGCACCGGACAUGAAUCCCUUCACGUGGACCAACUCUUUCACAGAACAACAUCUUAUGGUAAUUGAUGAGCUUGGAGCUGCCCUCAUCCCACCAGAGAAAAAGACACUACCCAACGGAGAUUAUGGAAAUGGUGCAAUGGCAGACUUGUCCGUUAUUCUAUCAGCUGUGAGAAUCUACUUAGGAUCACGGCCAACAAACACACAGGCAAAAUCAAGUCGUGGCAAGAUUCCUUGA